CCCAAAUUCCAUGGGGGCGCUGUGAUUUGAUAAUGGGCUCGUUACCUGCUGAUAAAAACAGAACAAAAGGGAAGUAAUUCUGAGAGCGAGUUUGUUUUUGUUUGUGUCCACCAUUCUUUCCACGUGGAUGUAUACAUACUAGCAGAAUACCCAACAUUCAGUCAACUAAACCAUGUCUAAACUACAGUCGUUUCGUGUGUUUUUAAAUGAGCGUUUAACCGCGGCAGCUGUGGAGAUUUUCGGGGCAGUUGAAGAAACUGUAGCAGAGUACCACGAGGAGAAUGAUCGACUACGGAGACUGCUGCGGAUCCCACCGGAGAUACAACUAUGUAGAAUAGACUCCCUGCAGCUCUCUCUCUCUGUCGCUGAAGAGGAGGUUCUCCCUGAGCAGCAGCACUGUGAGCAGGAGUGGAGCCCCAGUCUGGGGCAGGAGAACCCAGAGCUUCCACAGAUUAAAGAGGAACAGGAGGAACUCAGGACAAGUCAGGAGGAAGAGCAGCUUCAAGGGCUGGAGGCUGAUAUCAAAUUCACUCCUUCCUGUGUGAAAAGUGAAUGUGAUCAGGAGGACCCACUUCAGCCCUUCACUUCUCCCCAAACCCAGACUGUGGAGAACAGAGAGAGUGAAACUAAACAAGUGGAUCUCACACCUUUUGUUACUGUGACCCACCUUAAGGGUCUCUACAUUCCCUGUGACCCUCCAGAUAAACACAACGGUGCAUCCAGCCAAAGCUCAGCCGUAAGCAGCGACCCAGUAGGACUUAACAGCAACCUGCCAUUGGAUCCCAGCUCAUCAUUGAAUCCAAACCCAUCAAUGGGACAACACCGUUUUAAACCCAGCACCACGCUUAGAAAAACUCACCACUGCCGUGACUGUGGUGAAAUGUUUGCUCUGAAAGUUGACCUGCAGAGGCAUUUGACUCUCUCCAAGAAGAGACUCAGCGAAUGCCGCUUCUGCAGAAAACGCUUCAACUCCACCUGUAAACUGAAGGCCCAUGUCCGCUUCUGUCAAAGUGGAAAACUCUGCACCUGCCCUGUUUGUGGCAAGACCUUCAAACUCAAAGGAGUUCUGUCCAGGCACAUAAGGAUUCACACAGGGGAGAAACAAUUUAAGUGUGGUGACUGUGGGAAAAGGUUCAAUCGUAAGGAACACUUAACAGUGCACAUGGUUACUCACACAGGAGAGAAACCAUUUAGCUGUGAUGCUUGUGGGAAAAGCUUCGGUCAGAAAGGGUCCCUAAAGAAGCAUACACUGACUCACACAGGAGAGAAACUAUUUAGCUGUGAUGACUGUGGGAAAAGAUUCAAUCGCAAGGAACACUUAACCAUACACAUGGUGACUCAUACAGGAGAGAAACCAUUUAGCUGUGAUGACUGUGGGAAAAGCUUCAGUCACAAGGGGUCCCUAAAGAAGCAUACACUGACUCACACAGGAGAGAAACCAUUUAGCUGUGAUGACUGUGGGAAAAGAUUCAAUCAGAAGUCUAACUUACUGACGCAUGUGAAAAAAAUCCACAAGGGAGGAAAACAGGAUGAAAACUGAAAGAAAGAAAAUUUGGACAAAGAUCUAUUUAGUCAGAAGAUGAAAAUAAAAAGUUAGGAUGUGGACAAUAUUCUGAGUACACGCUCAUAGACACAAAUAGCUGGAAUUGAGUUAAUGAGAGAUUAGUCAGAUUAACUGAUGACUAAAAUAGCAGUGCAGAUGGCACUAUUUUGUUAAGUGCAGAGAUGUAUUAUGGGGAAUAAAUGUGUAGAGGACUUCUGAAAUUCUACAGAUGUUGUGGCGCAGCAGAAAGUUCUGCAUACCCCAAAUCCAGAGGUUGUGAGUUUAAAUCCCAGGUUGGGUCAUAUUGAAAGGUCUACUGAGUGAUCAUGUCAAAUGUAAUCAUAUUGUCAUUGAUGACCUUCUUUUUUUUUUUUACACCAUUUUUGCUAAACAGUGUAUCACUAACCUUAACAGAAUACAUGGUCCCAAAUAAAAUACAAUUGUAUUGGUCACAU